UGCUCCGGGGUGGUUGGCCGGGCGUCGGGCUGCUCCCAAACUUGCCCCGGCCGCGCCUCAAGGCCGAUCUGCAGGACUUUGCCCCCUCUGCGCAAGGGGUGGCGACGAGGCAGCGGGACUAUGCUGGCCUUCCUCGCGAGGAGCAUGGCGAGGCCGUCGAGUUUGGUGAAACCGGUGGCUUUGAGAAAGCUUCCGGGCAGAUACCUUGCCCACCAAGAGGGCCUGCCUGCCCUUCCAGUCCCGCCACUCCAGCAGACCUUGGAUCGUUACUUGUUGGCGCUGCAGCCCAUCAUCAGCGAAGAGGAGCUGAGCCACACCAAACAGCUGGUGGAGGAGUUUCGGAAGCCAGGCGGUGUUGGAGAACGGCUGCAGAAGAGUUUGGAGAGGAGGGCUCGGAAACACGAGAACUGGCUCUCAGAGUGGUGGCUGAAAACCGCAUACCUGGAGUAUCGUCUUCCGGUGGUGGUGCAUUCUAGUCCUGGUGUAGUACUGCCCAAGCAGGAUUUUCUGGAUCGGCAAGGCCAGCUGAGGUUUGCAGCUAAACUGAUUGAAGGCGUCCUGGACUUCAAGACUAUGAUUGACAAUGAAACGCUUCCUGUGGAAUACCUUGGCGGGAAACCUCUCUGCAUGAACCAGUACUACCAGAUCCUCGCCUCCUGCCGCAUACCUGGCCCCAAACGGGACUCCGUUGUGAACUACGCUAAAGGAAAGAAGCCCUCCACCCACAUCACCGUGGUCCACAACUUCCAGUUCUUCGAGCUGGAUGUCUACAGCAGUGACGGCAGCCCCUUGACCACCGACCAGAUCUUCAUCCAGCUGGAGAAGAUCUGGAACACCUCCCUCCAAACCAACAAGGAGCCAAUUGGGAUCCUGACUACAAACCAUCGCAACAGCUGGGCCAAGGCCUACAACAACCUCAUCAAAGACAAGACCAACAAAGAGUCUGUGCGCUCGAUUGAAAAAAGCAUCUUCACCGUUUGUCUGGAUGCGCCAAUGCCCCGGGUGUCGGAUGACAUCUACAAGAGCCGGGUGGCUGCUCAGAUGUUGCACGGUGGGGGGAGUCGCUGGAAUAGUGGAAACCGUUGGUUUGAUAAAACCCUUCAGUUCAUCAUCGCUGAGGACGGCUCGUGCGGGUUGGUGUACGAACACGCUCCUUCGGAGGGUCCCCCCCUCAUCGCCCUGGUGGACCAUGUUGUGGAGUACACGAAGAAACCCGAGAUGGUGAGAUCUCCCAUGGUUCCCUUGCCAAUGCCGAAGAAGCUGCGGUUUAACAUCACCCCAGAAAUAAAGAAUGACAUUGAGAAGGCAAAACAGAACCUGAACAUCAUGGUGCAAGAUCUGGAUGUUAAGGUGCUUGUAUUCCACCACUUUGGGAAGAAUUUCCCCAAGUCCGAGAAGAUCAGUCCAGAUGCUUUUAUUCAGAUUGCUCUGCAGCUGGCAUAUCACAGGAUGUACGGACAGGUCUGUGCCACUUACGAAAGCGCCUCCCUCCGAAUGUUCCGCCUGGGUCGGACAGACACAAUCCGUUCUGCCUCCAUAGAUUCCACCGCGUUUGUGGCAACCGUGGAUGAUUCUGGCAAGCAGGACCAGGAGAAGGCAGAACUGCUGAGGAGGGCAACCCAGGCCCACCGAGCCUACACUGACCUGGCGAUUAGCGGGAAGGCGAUCGACCGCCACUUGCUGGGCUUGAAGCUGCAGGCCAUCGAGGACCUAGUGAGCAUGCCUGAACUCUUCAUGGACACAGCCUUUGCGGUGGCCAUGCACUUCAACCUCUCCACCAGCCAGGUCCCUGCAAAGACCGACUGCGUCAUGUGCUUUGGCCCGGUUGUCCCAGAUGGCUACGGUGUCUGCUACAACCCCAUGGCUGAGCACAUCAACUUUGCAAUCUCAGCCUUCAACAGUUGUGCUGAAACCAAUGCUGCCCAGCUGGCGCAUUACUUGGAGAAGGCUCUGUUGGACAUGCGGCUGUUGCUCCAGUCAAGCCCCAGAUCCAAACUUUGAGAGAGGGAAGUGCCACUGAAAGCUCCCUGAGCCAGCCCAGGGUGCAGCCUUCGGGGCUGGGUGCGUUCCCCCACCCACAAUCAGGAGGAAGAAGGUCUUGUUUGUGUCUUUUGUCUCUGCAAAUUCCUCGAAUUGCCAAGUGGGAAAAGAAACAGAUGCACUACAGUCACCUGGAAUGAACAGAAAGCCACGAGAAGCUGCAGAAGUGCGGGACAGGCACUUUUUUUCUUGCUGUGGAAAGAAUGUUUAAAAUGCAUCCUCCCUCCUAGAAGCUGACUCAUCCAAAAGGCUGUUGGGGGAUUUGUUUUUGUUUUCCCUGUCAUUGCUGAGAAGCAGAUGAAUUGCCUUUGGGCUUCUUCUUAGUUUUCCGCUCACCGAGAUCUUCAGAGUGUCUCGGAUGGGCUUGUUCAACCAGUUCUAUGCCUCCCCAGGAGUAGUUAGGGUUGUUAAAUGGGAGGUAAGGAAAUCCAGUCCCAUUAAAUUCUUUUUUGGUGCUUGUCUGGACAGGGUCUGUCCAGCCUGACUUUCCAAGAGUUGUGGUCUCUGUGCUCUUUCCCCACUUAGUCUUUCUGCUCACUGUCUGCCCCUUUAAAUUGUUGUGCUUUUGAAAGAAAUCUGCUGUGAACCAUCUCUCAAAGUAACUGCUUCUUUUUUGGGUAGUUCCGGAUGUUUUGACGGCUGAUCAUAAAGAUCUUUUCGUUUGAAGAACACGCAUGCUUCCGUUCUGGCUGUUCUGCUAUAGAUCCCUGAUUUGGCUACGUUUUUGGACAUUCUCCGUGCUUAAGUGGGUGAAGAUCAGCAAGGCUCAACUUCUUGUUUCUUUGGUUAGACUUCCAGAUAGCCUUGGGGACUGGCACAUGGAGAGAAACAAUGGGAUACAUUUGUAUUGGUUAAUAUUGAUUCUUGUUUAGUGCCAUUGACCCAAAUUGUAUGUUCUGAUACGUGCUUGAAUGAAUGUCAGGGUUUCGCCAUUU